CAAGAUGGCGGAACGUUUUCCAAAAAACUCAAACUCAGGUGCUACUUCACACAGGGCGAAGGAGAUCAAAAGGAAGUCCACAGAUCAUGGGGAGGCAGAGGAUGGUGAUGGGCCCCCAGUUAAAAAAUCAACAGGAUUUGGAUCUUUCAAUCCACAGAAGAAACUAACCAUGAACAUAGGGGGCAGCAAUAAAGCUAUUAAACCAAUCAAAAUGAGCCUAGGCAGCAAAACUCAGGAAAAAACGAAAGAGACAUCACAAAGCAGAGUGAAUAAAACAAGUUUAUCCGUGGCAAAAGCCUUUCAGGAUGAUAGUGAUGAUUCAGAGGAUGAGAUGCCACCUGAAGCAAAGAUGAGAAUGAGGAAUCUCGGAAAAAAUACUAUAACUCCAACAGGUCCUAAUUCAUUUGGGAAAGGAAACUUGGGGUUCUGUGAUAGGCGGAAAGUUAUUGAAAGGGAAUUACAAAAACAAAUGGAUGAUUUGGCGGACAAGGAUGCAGAUUGAAACUGAAUACUUAAAAUUAGGGGCGGUUCAAAAUAUCAGUGUAUUUUGCAAAACUCAUUUAUUAUGCUUAAACCACCUGUUAGACAACCAUUCAACAAAGUUGUUAAUCCUUAUUGAACAUCGAAAUUACAUCACUGUCAAGCAAGUCAAUGUUUUUUUUCAUUAUGAAAUAUGUGAUUUAAUCUCUCUCCCCCUCCCCCGAUUGUAAUGUUUUUUGCAAAAAUAGGACAUUGAUAUUUGACCUUGCUCCUUGCCAAUAAUUAUUUAUAAGUGGAUGCAGGCAGUACACUCCCGAUCCAAUUCACGUAGAAACCAUAUGGAUCCUGGUGGCUGAAAUACUCGUGGAUUCCAAUUAAGUUCCAUGCACAUACUUGUGGACAAUUUCAUUCAUCUACCUGCAUUCACAUGAGAAAAAUCCACAUGGAUAGAUGGAUUCAACGUGGAUUUCUCGUGGAUCCUUGCGACAUGGGUUCCACGUGGAUGUGGUUUGGCUGUGUAUUAGAGACAGUUUUAGUGUUCAGAUCAAUUCAUGCCUCAAAUGUUCCCAUAAUAUGGGCCAACUGAAAGAAUGCGAUCAAAUGUUCCUAUAAUA